AUGCAUUCAACUCCUAAACAUCCUCCAAAAGGAUAUCUUUCUUCGAAGCUAGCGUCCUCUGCUAGAUUAGCCAAUCACAUUUUCGAAUUAGUUUCAAUAUAUGGAAUAUCGAAAACUCUUCACAGAAAGCCUGCAAUUUUUAUUGAAGAUUCGAAAUAUCACUCUCUUGUCAAUGGAGUUCGAAAAGUGAUGCCUGGAUUAUUGAACGAAUUUCAAAUUUUCGAUAGACCAGUCUUUCCAGAAGCAAAAAAUGAGUUGAUCAGUCAAAAAUGUUGCGUAUUUGAUAAUCCAUCAAAAUUGGAGAAUAUCACAAGCAAAUACUUGCAUUUGACUGGGCACUUUUAUCAGAACAUGUAUUCACAUUCGAAGAACGGACUUUGUCGAUGGACAGCAUCAUUCUUCGAACGUUACAUUUAUUAA